CUGUAAUUUAUGGAAAUCGGUUUCUGACGCGGGGCUUUUCCUAUUAACACAGGGACCCACGGAGUGGAGGAAGCAGAGCUGCAGCCAGGGCAGGAAAAGAGAGGAAGAGGCAGGGAGUAGAGGGGUAUUGGGGGAGCAGAGAGGACAGGGGGAGAAAAAAGCACAGAGAGGAGAAAAAAGCACAGAAAGGAGCAAAAGGCACAGAGGCACUUAGGAGAUGUAUGAAUUAUAACUAAGAGAGUAGGAAGAAAGGCAGAGAAAGGAAGAGAGGGAGAACUGCGAGGAAGGGAAAGAGAAAGAAACUCAGAAGCAGAGUCAGCCUUAAGAGGACAAACAGCAGGAGACAAGUGCAGGGAACAUCUCAGCAUACCAAGAAGGAUCUGUUCUGUCUGAAUCUUCACUAUGAGCAUAAAGAAGAGCUGCCCCCUGCCAUUGGGGCAAGGAGACCGAGAGGAAAAGCAGAGUAAAGGUACUCCUGUCCCGGAGCCACAGGAGUGUGAGGUGGAGCUGAGGAACAAAGCUAUUCUGCAACAAAAGAGGCGCCUCAAACAGGCCACCCAGUUUGUGCACAAGGACUCUGCUGACCUGCUGCCCCUGGAUGGCUUGACAAGGCUUGGCACAUCCAAGGAUCUGCAACCACACAGUGUGGUCCAGCGACGUCUCUUGGAAGGCAAUCUCAACAAGCUGCGAGGAGAGACCAGAGUUCAGUCUUCAUGUGUUCAAUCUCCACUGGCAAGAGACCAGGAUGAAAAGGUGGAGAAGGGAGAGGACAGAAGAAGAGAGACUUCACCCCUACUAAUACAGUGCCAGUGCCAAGGUCAGGUAUUGAAAGCAACUGUUAACACUGGGUGUCUACCAAAUCUCAUCUCCAAGAGCUGUUUAAACCAGCUGGGGCUGGAAGAAGUGUCUGCCAUGGACUGUGGAGACCUCUCUCUUCCCAUCCCCACCGUUGUUGGCCGAGUAGAACAUAUGAAGUUGCAAUUUGGCCAGGAGACAGUGCUGUGUUCAGCACUGGUUGUAGAUGAUGAAAUGCUGGAGUUUUGCAUUGGUCUCCAGACUCUGUUGUCUCUGAAGUGUUGCAUCGACUUGGAGGAAGGAGUCCUGAGAUUUAAAGCACUGAGUCAAGAGCUGCCUUUUCUACAUGCCUGUGAAGAGCCUGGUCAGUGACUGGUUGCAUUCCCCAUGUAUGAAGCUGAGGAGACUUGCUGCCAUGAGAGAAAGAUGAGGGUGAGGCCCACAUGCCCCUAAUCUUGCAGAGUUCUAGCCUGAGGCAUUCACUCGGGAGUGAGAAAAACUCAAAUGGGUAUUGGGAGCUGGGUUGUUCCUGGGUGUGCUUCAUCUUGAGAGACAUCCCUCCUUUUUGGUGGACCCUCUUGCUUGUUCCCAUAUGCUGAGUGGGCAUUUUGUUCUUGUUUUUCCAUCUGUCCCUAGUCACUCCAAUUUCUGCUUCUGUACUAAUACCCCUUCAAUUACUUAUUUUUAUAAUAACUUCUGUUCAUGAGACCAGAGAGUCUCUGUGAACAAUCACCAGUUGUUCUGCAGACAGGAGGACAGCGCUUUCUCCAAAAGCCUCCAAGGAUUGCCAUGAAUGUUCCACUUUUCCUCUAUGUGAGUAGACUCCACCCCCUUUGUAGGAAGGAAUCUGUGGCCAGUCCCCUCACCUGUACAAUGGGAAGCUAGAUUUUGUUAAGUUUUGCUGUUUUAGAGCAGAACAGAACUUUCUUGGAAAAACCCUGCAGCAAGAAGUUCUUAAUUUAGAGUUCUUAAUUCUAAGGAGCAUUAGGAGAAAUCUGAGUGUAGAUGCCUGGAGUACAGUGGACUCUCACAGGGGCUAGGGCUUUACCAUUGCAUCCUUGGCCACUAAGCUAUGUUACGUGAAUGGCAAUAUUUAUCAUCUCUUGGUGUUACACAUAGUAACCAGACUUGCACACUCUGUUCUUCUCACCAGGCCUCUCCUCUCUGCACUCCAGCUGCUAGAUUCCUAUCACCUCUUCUGCAUCAUCAGAGAUCCUGCCUCUUAGUUUAAAUGCUGUGAUGAAUAACAGUACCCAGACUCUUCUGCUCUGUCAGCUCCUUUCUUUCAACUUGAAAUCUAGUGACUGGAUAAAGAUACAUCAUCAGCCUCAAGUCCCAGCAUCUCACAGCCCAUCAACUUUGCUACUGCUGCAUGAAAAAAGAACUAGACUUCCUUGCAGUAUCUGUUCAAGUCAGAGAACUGAGUAGUCAUCUGGGAUGACUAGGGUGAUUAAGUCACUCAGUUGUUGGGGGCAUUAAUUUUUUUUCCAUUUUCAUUUUUUUACAGGGCAUAGCUGUAUGAUAAAUACAUGGUCUAUUUUUUACUAGUGCUAGGAAAGAUGCAGCAGAUCAGGACUUGUUCCAUGCCACAUGACUACUGAUCCAUUAUCCAAACUCUGCACAAUGGCUCUUUAUUCAUGCUUAGAAUGUCAUGACAUCCCCAUUUUGCCUAUCUUCCUGGAUUAAAUACCACUGGCUCUCUUCCUUUUUUAUCAAACCAUUCAUGGUUUCUGCUGUGCUUCUCAAAGAAUUUGUGUAUACAUUUUUUUUUUUUCCUGCUAGUUCUUUCCUAAAUCAUAUGCUGUAUUCUGUAGUUUAACAUAUGCUAAGGACAGCAGAGUUAACAGCCUGGAACAGUUAACCAGUGCUAGUUGGUACCAUUGGCAUCUGCUCCUCCUACAAGCCAAAUCAGGAUAGUGACUUCUGUCAUCAGACACCAUAUCUUGCAGCUUCUGAUCUAUUCCUUAACUUCUUUGCCAUUCUUCCACUUGUGCAUCUGAUUACAUCCAGCUGCAUGAUCCCGUGAAUCUCCUGAAUGCCACCAAUAGUUCUCUCAUUUAUGUCAGGACCUGUGCCUACUUGAUAAGUCUGUCUUCCAAAGUACCAGUAAUUCUUCCUGGAUUUAUAUCACUUGCAUGUCUGACUGGAUUCUCAGAUCCACAGGUCUUUAAUGAGCGUUCAGACUUGUACUAAACCAUCCUGUGUGUCAGCUGGAAUCUAUGUGGUACCUAUGUCAACUUUACCAAAAAAAUUUUCUUUGCGACAGGUGAAACACCUGUUCCUACAUGCAGCAACAAGCCUGGCUUUCAACUUUCACUGCCAUCUAAAAAUGGCAUGUGGAACUAUAGAAAAUAAUCUGCUAAAGCUGACAAAUACUAUGUCCAUUACAUUUAUUAUUAUUCAUUACCUUUUAUGAUCUAUUUUAAAAAUAGCUCUGAACCUUAACCCUAAACAUGAACCUACCUCUAGACCUAACCCAAAUGCUAAUCCUGACCCUAAAUCUAACCCCUCAAAGUAACCCUGACCCUAAAUCCUAACGCUAAUCUUAACACCUAAAAAAAGCCUAACCCCUAAACCUAACCGUAACCCUAAACCUUUAACGCUAACACUAACACUGACACUAACCCCUAAUUCUAAACCCUAGCCCGUAGUUCUAACAUUAUAUCAUAAAUUUAACCCAAAUUCUAACCACCUAACUCUAACCUCAAACUGUAAACCUAAUCCUAAUUAUAAUUCUAACUAUACACUCUAAUCCCAAAUCCUAAGCAUAAUCUACAACACUAACUAUAAACUCUAACCUGUAACCCAAACUCUAACACUAUCCAUAAAUCUAACCCUAACCACUAAAUGUGACUCGAACACUAAAACUUAACACAAAACUUAGCCCCUAAGCUCUAGUCCUAAAGACUAGCCCCUAACCCUGAAAGUUAUAAACCUAAAUACUUAAAUCUAACUCCCUAACACACAAACCCUAACCUUGCAACCGUAACCCAAAUCCCAAAUUCUAAACCUAAUGAUAACUAACUUUUAACCCUAAAUUCUAUCACUAACCCUAAACCAAAACCUAAAAUAAAUUAUAAAAUCAUAGAAUCAUAGAACUCUAACACAAAACCUAAAAUAAAUCUUAGAAUCAUUAACCAUAGCUGGUUAAUAUUCAAGGAUCACCUCCUCCAAACUCAGGAGCCAUGCAUCUCAACAAAGAGAAAAUCAGGCACAAACCCCAGGAGGUCUGCAUGGAUCAAGAAAGAACUCCUGGACAAAUGUAAACUCCAAAAAGAAGUCUACAGAGGCUGGAAGCAGGGGCAGAUUGCCUAGAAGUAGAAAGGAAAAUUGUCUGAGCAGCUAGGGAUCAGGUUAGGAAAGCCAAAGCCCAGAGAGAAUUAAAUCUGGACAAGGACAUAAAGGCCAGCAUGAAAUACUUCUAUAGGUACAGCAGUGAUGAAAGGAAGACUGUGGAAAACGUGAACCCUCUCGAGAAGGAAAUGGGAGACCUUGUUACCCAGGAUAUGGAGAAGGCUGAGGUACCCAAUGACUUUUUUGCCUCAGUCUUCACUGGCAAGGGCUCAAGCCACACUGUCCAGGUCACAGAAAGUAAAGGAGGGGACUGGAAGAUCCUAGAACCAUCCACCAAAGAAUCCUGAACCACAGGAUCAGGUGUGAAACUAUCUAAGGAAUCUGAAGGUGCAUAAGUCCAUGGGUACUGAUGAGAUGUAUGCACAGGUCCUGAGGGAACGGGUGGAUGAAGUUGCUGAGCCAUUAUCCAUCGUAUUUGAGAAGUGGUGGCAGUCCAGUGAAGUUCCCACUAACAGGGAAAGUGGAAACAUAGCUCCCAUUUUUAAAAAAGGAAGACCCAGGGAACUACAGACCGGUCAGUCUUACCUCUGUACCCUGCAAGAUCAUGGAGCAGAUCCUCCUGGAAUCUCUGCUGAAGGCACAUGGAAAAUGAGCUGACUGGUAACAACCAACACGGCUUCACAAAGGGCAAAUCAUGCCUGAUGAAUUUGGUGGCCUACAACAUUGGUGGAUAAGGGAAGAUCAACUGAUGUCAUCUACCUGGACUUGUGCAAAGCAUUUGUCACUGUCCUGACCACAUCCUUAUCUCUAAAUAGGAGAGGCAUAGAUUUGACGAGUAAGCCACCCAGUAGAUAAGGAAUUGACUGGAUGGUCACACAAAUAGUUGUAGUGAAUGGCUCAAUGUCCAAUUGGAGACUGGUGACUAGUGGCAUUCCUUGGGAGUCGGAAUGGGAACCAGUGUUGUUUGACAGCUUUGUCAUAGACAUGGACAGUGGGACUGGAGGCCAGUUACAAGUGGGGUUCCCCAGGGCUCGGUACUGGGUCCAGCCCUAUUCAAUGUCUUUAUCAAUGACCUGGAUGAAGGCAUUGAGUGCACCCUUAGCAAGUUUGCAGAUGACACUAAACUGGGUGGAAGUGUGGAUCUGCUGGAGGGUAGGGAGGCUCUGCAAAGAGAUCUUAACAGGCAGGACCGCUGGGUCGACACCAACGGCAUGAGGUUUAACAAGGCCAAAUGCUGGGUCCUGCACUUGGGGCAUAACAACCCUAUGCAGUGCUACAGACUAGGGGAAGAGUGGCUAGAAAGCUGCAUGGAAGAGAAGGACCUGGGGGUAAUGGUUUACAGCUGACUGAACAUGAGCCAGCAGUGUGCCCAGGUGGCCAAGAAGGCCAAUGGCCUCUUGGCUUGUAUCAGAAACGGUGUGACCAGCAGGUCCAGGGAGGUUAUUCUCUCUCUGUACUCGGCAUUGGUGAGACCACACCUUGAGUACUGUGUUCAGUUCUGGGCCCCUCACCACAAGAAGGAUGUUGAGGCUCUGGAGCGCGUCCAGAGAAGAGCAAUGAAGCUGGUGAGGGGGCUGGAGAACAAGUCUUAUGAGGAGCAGCUGAGAGAGCCGGGGUUGUUUAGCCUGGAGAAGAGGAGGCUGAGGGGAGACCUCAUUACUCUCUACAACUACCUGAAAGGAGGUUGUGAAGAGGAGGGAGCUGGCCUCUUCUCCCAAGUGACAGAGGACAGAGGACAGGACAAGGGGGAAUGGCCUGAAGCUCCGCCAGGGAAGGUUCAGGCUGGUUAUCAGAAAAAAAUUUUUCACGGAAAGAGUCAUCGGGCACUGGAACAGGCUGCCCAGGGAGGUGGUCGAGUCAUCUUCCCUGGAGAUGUUUAAGGAACAGGUAGAUGAAGUGCUUAGGGGCAUGGUUUAGGGAGUGUUAGGAAUGGUUGGACUUGAUGAUCCGGUGGGUCCUUUCCAACCUGGUGAUUCUAUGAUUCUAUGAUUCUAUGAUUCUAUGACCGAGUGCACACUCAGCAAGUUUGCCAAUGACACCAAAGUGUGCAGUGUGGUUGACAUACUGGAGGGAAGGGAUGACAUCCAGAAGGACUUUGACAGGCUUGAGAGGUGGGCCUGUGCGAACGUCAUGGAGUUCAACAAGGCCAAGUGCAAGGUUCUGCAUCUGGGUUGGGGCAAUCCCUAGAACAACUACAGGCUGUGUGGAGAAUGGUCUGAGAGCAGCCCUGAAGAGAAGGACUUGGGGGUACUGGUGAGUGAGAAGGUCAACAUGAGCCAGUAGUGAGCGCUUGCAGCCCAGAAAACCAACCAUAUCCUGGGCUGCAACAAAAGAAGUGUGACCAGCAGGUCGAGGAAGGUGAUUCUGCCCCUCUACUCUGCUCUCAAGAGUCCACCUGAAGUACUGUGUUCAAUUCCAGAGCCCUCAGCACAGGAAAGACACGGAACUGUUAGAGCGCGUCCAGAAGAGGCCACAAAGAUGAUCAGAGGGCUGCAGUGCCUCCCCUAUGAGGUCAGGCUGAGAGACUUGGGCUUGUUCAGCUCUGGGGAGACCUUAUAGCAGCCUUCCAGUGCAUAAAGGGAGCUACAGGAAA